UGGCUUCCAGGUCCAACAGUUGCCUCUUUGCAAGGUGAGGAUCCUGCUUUUCCAAGGACGCUUUUCGGUCUCCCGCUGUCCCGUGAAGGACUACAGCCGUGCUAAGGUUCAUUAGUGAGCUCCCACGCUGGUGUGUGUGUGUGUGUGAAGAGGUGGCGCUCCUGUCCCUAACAGAGGUCUCCUGGGAGCGAGUGCAGACCUGAUUAACUGUCUGGUGCGCCUGCCUGAGCUCAGUCUCUAGGCUGGGGGAUAGUGAAGCAACUGACUCCUGCCCCGGGCUAGGCCUGGCUCUCCGGACGCUCCUCCUUGUCGCUCACCCUCCCACGUGGGGCCGAAAAAGCCGGAGCUCCGGGCAGCACGCGCGCGUUGUCCGGCGAGCCGGGGCGGGAGGCCUGCGUAGAAGGCCGCUGGGUGCAGGGAACGGAGCCGGAGGCAGAGUAAGCUCGAGAGCUCCGCCCACAUCGGUGGAGUGCAGUGGCCUUUCGGUGCCUCGCAGCACGGGGGUGUGGUCCAGAGGACUCGCCUUCCCAGAGCUCCGUGCCAACCCCUGGGAGUUUUGCAGCACCCGCAGCGCCCGCCGUUUGCGCUCAGCUACCCAGGAAGACCCCGGGAGCGCACGGUGAUCGCUAGACCCAUUUCUCCCCACCCAAAUCCCUUGUGCAAGCUGAGGAGGAAAGGCGAGAAGCAUGCGGGACUACGACGAGGUGAUCGCCUUCCUGGGCGAUUGGGGGCCCUUCCAGCGCCUCAUCUUCUUCCUGCUCAGCGCCAGCAUCAUCCCCAAUGGCUUCAAUGGUAUGUCAGUCGUGUUCCUGGCGGGGACCCCUGAGCACCAUUGCCUGGUUCCUGACACUGUGAACCUGAGCAGCUCCUGGCGCAACAACAGCAUUCCCUUGGAGAUGAAGGACGGACGACAGGUGCCUCAGAGCUGCCGCCGCUACAGACUGACCACCAUCGCCAACUUCUCUGCGCUGGGGCUGGAGCCGGGACAGGAUGUGGAUCUGGAGCAAUUGGAGCAGGAGAGCUGCCUGGAUGGCUGGGAGUAUAGCCAGGAUGUUUUCAUGUCUACCAUCGUGACAGAGUGGAAUCUGGUGUGUGAGGAUGACUGGAAGACACCCCUCACCACCUCCCUGUUCUUCGUAGGCGUUCUCUGUGGCUCCUUCGUGUCUGGGCAGCUGUCAGACAGGUUUGGCAGGAAGAAAGUCCUCUUUGCCACCAUGGCUGUGCAGACUGGAUUCAGCUUCGUGCAGAUUUUCUCAACCAACUGGGAGAUGUUCACUGUGUUAUUUGCCAUCGUAGGCAUGGGCCAGAUCUCCAACUAUGUGGUGGCCUUCAUACUAGGAACUGAAAUCCUGAGCAAGUCGGUUCGCAUCAUCUUCUCCACGUUAGGAGUCUGUACGUUUUUUGCCAUCGGCUACAUGGUCCUGCCUCUGUUUGCAUACUUCAUCCGGGACUGGAGGAUGCUGCUGCUGGCCCUGACACUGCCUGGGCUGUUCUGUGUCCCCCUGUGGUGGUUUAUUCCAGAAUCUCCCCGUUGGCUGAUAUCCCAGAGGAGAUUUGCAGAGGCAGAACAGAUCAUCCAGAAAGCUGCAAAGAUGAACAGCAUCGUAGCGCCAGCAGUGAUCUUCGAUCCUCUGGAGCUACAGGAGCUAAACUCCUUGAAGCAGCAGAAAGUCUUCAUUCUGGACCUGUUCAAGACUAGGAACAUUGCCACAAUAACAGUGAUGUCUGUGAUGCUGUGGAUGCUAACGUCAGUGGGUUACUUUGCUUUGUCUCUCAACGUUCCUAAUUUGCAUGGAGAUGUCUACCUGAACUGCUUCCUCUCUGGCCUGAUUGAAGUCCCAGCUUAUUUCACAGCCUGGCUGCUACUGCGAACCCUGCCUCGGAGAUAUACUAUAGCUGGGGUGCUGUUCUGGGGAGGAGGUGUGCUGCUCUUGGUCCAAGUGGUACCUGAAGAUUACAACUUUGUGUCCAUCGGCCUGGUGAUGCUAGGGAAAUUUGGGGUCACCUCUGCCUUCUCCAUGCUGUAUGUCUUCACUGCGGAGCUCUACCCAACCCUGGUCAGGAACAUGGCUGUGGGCAUCACCUCCAUGGCCUCGAGAGUGGGCAGCAUCAUUGCCCCCUAUUUCGUUUACCUGGGCGCCUAUAACAGACUCCUGCCCUACAUCCUCAUGGGCAGUCUCACUGUCCUCAUUGGAAUCGUCACGCUUUUUUUCCCUGAAAGUUUUGGAGUGACUCUACCAGAGAACUUGGAGCAGAUGCAGAAAGUGAGAGGGUUCAGAUGUGGGAAAAAAUCAACAGUCUCGACAGACAGAGAAGAAAACCCCAAGGUUCUAAUAACGGCGUUCUAACGAGGUUUCCUAGGCCCUUGGCAAACUGAAAAACAGAUGUGUAGGAUGUGCUGGAGUGAGCCUGCAAUCCCAGCACUCUCAGGGUGGAGACAGGAGAUCUGAAGUUCCAGGCCAUCCUUGGCUACGUCAGGAGUGUCAGACCAGCCUGUCUUACCACAAGCAACCCUGUCUCAGCAAAACAAAGCGAAACAGAACAAACAAAAGCCUUUUCUGCUGAAAGGGACUAGUAGGGGUGAUGAGCGCUAACCUGGACUUGUGGAGAAAUACACAAUAUCUCAUGAAUUCUCGGCCACUCUUCCAGAUGGUCUUGUUUUUAAGAACAAACAUUUUGAAACAGUCUUGAUUACUAACUAUUGGAUAAAAUAGAUUUGUAAGUUUUUUUUAAAUGUGUUAGUCAAGGAUUGGCAAAAUCCAUAUGAAGAUUAACACACAUUUCCAAUUGUAUAAAUGCUAUCCAAAUAAAAAAUUUAUUGCAUUAUCACAACUAU